AUGACGCCCCGAAAGUCCCCUUCUCUUCUCCACGCUACCAGAGGCCUUUUUCCCUUUCAGAGAACCCAGUGCCGUAAGUCUUUUAGGAGGUGGAGCAGUUUGGCACAAACGGAAGAGGAGGGGCCAAGCUGCUUCUGGUGGCUGACGGUCGACAGGCCGGAGCCAGGCGAGGCCUUGCUUAGGACCACUAGUCAUUGGCAACACGGCCAAGAUCAACUGCAACAACCUCAGGAAUCACAAGAGCAGCAAUGGCGCAGGAGAUCUCUUCACGUAAGGCUGCACGGUAAACCCGUGGGACAAGCAGCAGCUCAGUCAUUGCAUCGCAGGGGGCAGCGCCAGUGGCAGGAGGAGCAGCGGCACAGGAAAUCUCUGCACUUCAAGGUGCACCGAGGCUCGCUGAACCCAGUAAAUGGCGAACAACUGUUACAGCAGCAGAAACAGAAGAAGGAAACGCAGCGACACCGGCAAUCUGUGCACUUCCAGUUGCACUCUAGCUCUUCGGAGUCAAACAACAGCGACACAGGAGGACCAUUGAAGGAGCAGCAAAUGCAGCGGCAACGUAAGUCUGCGCGUUUACAGCUUCAUGUCGACCCGCAAGAUUCCGACACAGACAUCCCUGUGGAAGCAGAGCAACAGCAGCAGCAACCCGGUGAUACUCCCGAGUUUAUCGACUCCGAAGAGAGCGACUGGAGCGACGGGGAGACGAGCAGAGAACAGGGGCCUUCAGCGACAGAAGAUGAGGCCCCUGCUCCUGUAAAGGGACCCGUUGACUUGCGAAACCUCGAAGGAUCAUCCUUACCGGCGUCAGUUGUGAACAAAGCGGUGAGCACGGUUGGAGUUAUCCGCACUGGUCUGUGUGAGCACGCGAGCUCGCUUCAUAGGAAGCUGGAGCUACACCUGAUAACUAAAAAUCAUCUUAUGAGUUGCUGCAUAUUUUUCCAGAUUACAAAGAUCAACAAGCGAUAUGAAAAGUGCGGGGAGACAGCCAGGAAAAUGACACGCUCAGAGGAGGAACUCAUCAGCAGUGUCGUUAGUCGCUGGGAGCAGGCGGGUUUCCCGCCUUUCAAGAUUGAAGGGAUGACAGUAAACCCGGAAGAGCAAGGAAUCAUGCUACACAACGAAGCCUUGACUCCUAAUCUCGUGAACGUUUUCUUGAAGGCCCUCGAGGUGAGCGCCAUGUCACAGCCUUGUAAAUGCAUCAAAGUCGAGCUGCAGCUUCACACGCAGGCCGCAGCUGCCGCUGCACACCCAACUGACAGUUCUUCGGUUUCUGUGAAGCUGUGCUGUUGUGCAUGUGGCCUUGCAGAUCAACAAGACACCCCUGACGACGCCAAAGUACAUGUGCUGCCUCAUAGCUCCCCCCCAUGA